AUGUAAAAUGAUACUAAUAAAAGAGUGGCCUAUUUUUAUCAUCCAUAAAUAGGGAGAUAUCAUUAUGGUAAGGAACAUCCAAUGAAACCAAAAAGAAUUGCAAUGGCGCAUAAUUUAAUUGUGAAUUAUGGGUAAUGUAUUAUAAAUAAGUCUUAGUUUAUAUCGAAACCUGGAUGUAUAUAUGAAUAGAUAGGCUUCAUUGAAAGAGAUGGAGAAAUUUCAUGAACCAGAAUACUUGCAAUAUUUAAGUCAAUUCACAAGUGUUAGAAGUCAAAUUGUCAAUGAGUAUUAACACUAUAAUCAACAACCUAAUAUCACUCAUUUUACUAGUCACAUCUAUAAUGAGUUUGAUUUGUUAGAUUAUAAUAUACCACACACUCAUGAACCCAUAGAAACUAAUAAUAAUUAUCCACAACCAAAUAGUUUCAGAGUAGGAGACUCCACUGAUAACCCUAGCUUUCCAGGUCUAUAUGAUUUUUGUCAAUUGUCUGCAGGAGGAUCAAUUGAUGCUGCUCAUGUGUUAAUUUCAUAAGAUGCAGAAAUAGCCAUUAAUUAUUCAGGAGGUUUGCAUCAUGCAAAGAAAAGAGAAGCUAGUGGGUUUUGUUAUGUCAAUGACAUUGUUAUAGCUAUAUUGGAAUUGUUGAGAGUGCAUUAGAGAGUGUUGUAUGUUGAUAUUGAUGUACAUCAUGGAGAUGGAGUUGAAGAGGCUUUUCUUUUAACAAAUAGAGUGAUGACUUGUUCAUUCCAUCAAUAUGGAGAUGAUUUCUUUCCAGGUUCAGGAGAUAUUGAUAGUUAUGGAGAAGGAUUAGGUAGAUAUCAUGCUCUCAAUAUCCCUUUGAAAAUAGGGAUGAAUGAUGAAACAUUUACAGAAAUCUUUUAGAAAAUCAUUACCUAAGUUAUGGAUAUCUAUAGACCAGAAGCUGUAGUCUUAUAAUGUGGAGCUGAUUCAUUAUGUCAUGAUAGAUUGGGUGGAUAUAAUUUAUCAACUAAAGGUCAUGGUGCUUGUGUUGAAUUUAUGAUCAAAUAUAGUGUUCCUAUCUUGGUUUUAGGAGGAGGAGGAUAUACAAUAUAAAAUGUAGCUAGAUGUUGGGCAUAUGAAACUGGAUUGUGUUUAAACAAAAAAAUUGAUGCUCCAAUUCCAACUUCUGAAAUCUAUUAUGAAUAUUAUGCUCCAGACUAUAAAUUGCAUUUCCCAAUCAAAUAAAAUGUAGAAAAUAAGAACAAGAAAGAAGAACUAUAAAGAAUAGUAGAGAAAAUAUAUGGGUAUCUAAAAUCUAUUGAACCUGCUCCAGGGAUCUCCUUUCAUGAUUUACCUUAACCAUUUUAUCCAGAGAUAAAUGUAGAAGAAGGUAUUUUUAUUAUAUAAUUCUUAGAAAUAAAUCCAGAUUAACGUUAUGAAUAAACAUUAAAUUAAUUUGAGGGUUCCAACUAUGAAGAAGGAAAUGAAAUUUUAGUCGAUCCAUCAAAUGGAUUCUCUAUUCAUAGAAGAGAAUGAUC